GUAUAAUAUUAUUGCAAAGUAAUUAGUUUCUUUACUGUGUAUCUUUUAAAAAAUAAGUUUUUAAAACAAGUAGUUAUUAGUAUUCACUAAUAAGCUGUUAAAAGCGACACGAUUCAGCUUUGUGUGGAUGUUUAUUAACCCGACAUUGGAUUUAUACACAUUUAGGCAUCAGAACUGUAACCGACGGAGGAAAAAAUAAAUAAAUAGACUUAUUAACUCUCUGCUAUCAUUACUUUUAUUUGCAUACUGAAUAAUCGCUCAUUUCACGGCGAGAAGCUGGCGUUUCGACAGGGUAUCGAGCCGUUGUUCUCGAGCGAACGACGCGAAAACACAACGUAAAGUCUGUGGUUCUUCACAUGUGCCUGCGGUAAAGACUAAAAGUACUUGAAAUGUGAACGAGGAGGUGAAUUUCCGGUUCUUCAUAUUGCAAUAUAAUGUAAUACCUCUCUAUUCUUACAUUUUUAUAUAAAAGAGUAAAAUCUAACGAGAGAUGCGCAGUUUGCUAGAAAGAUUGCUAUUCGUAUAUAUUGAACUGAUUAUUCGUAUCGCCUGAAUUUGCGUUCUGCCACCUGUUUUUAUGUAUAAUGCAAUCGUAUCCCGGUGUUUUUAAAUGUUCCUGCUGAGUGUUUGUUCUCGUUUUGUAGGACUGUGAAUAAUUAUAGUGUGAUCUUUCUUUCAGUUGGAAUAUCUGUGUAGUGCUGCUUAACUAAAUAAACGGAGAAAACGAUCAGACUACACGGCCCGCCUGUGUCUGUUUUGGUUCAAGCUGAAGCCUUUUUAUUGCUUUAUAUUUUUGCCAUCAUAUAUGGUCAUAAAUAGGGAUGGAAAACACGUCAGAAGCACAUCAUGUAUAUCAGGAGGAAGUGAGCGCGUGUGUAAUAAACCUCUGAUGAAUGUGUAACCGCUCACAUGGGGUGACACCAGCAACAUAUUCACAAACAAACUCAUACUGGUUGAAGGUCUGAAGAUCUUCAGAUGUUCAGUGCUCAAUAAACACAUGGCGAUGAAGAACUGGACGGCAGGAACUCAGUGCGUCGCCAAAAAGCAGCACUGCAAGCCCAAAGCCGGUGAAAUAGCGUAUCACAAAGGCGACAUCUUGACAGUCGUCGGACCUGGAACGAGGAAUGGAGAAUACAGAGCCCGACAUAACGCAACAGGAGAGGAAGGAUUGGUCUCGGGUUCGAAACUCAGAGAAAGGGAAGCUCUCCGUAUCGACCCCAAAUUAAGCCUGAUGCCAUGGUUUCACGGCAAAAUAUCGGGACUGCAAGCCGCCGGCAAACUUAAGCCCGUGGAGGACGGGCUUUUCUUGGUGCGGGAGUCGGUUCGGCAUCCCGGCGACUUCGUGCUGUGCCUCUGCUUCAGUCAGAAGGUCUUCCACUACCGAGUCAUCUUCAAAGACAACAAACUGAGCAUCGACAACAAGCAGUUCUUCUACAACCUCAUCGACAUGAUCGAGUUUUACAGCAGAAAUCAAGGCGCCCUCGCUACGCUUCUGCUGAAGCCCAAGAAGAAGGAAGGCACGAAAUCUGCUGAGACGAAGCUGUUGAAAUCCGGCUGGCUUUUGGAUCUGUCCAAACUUACGUUAGGAGAGACCAUUGGAGAGGGAGAGUUCGGGGCCGUGUUUGAGGGUGAAUACGCAGGUCAGCGGGUCGCUGUUAAGAACAUCAAAUGUGAUGUAACCGCUCAGGCCUUCCUCGAAGAGACGUCGGUCAUGACAAAUCUCCAUCAUAAGAAUCUGGUGCGGUUAUUAGGAGUGAUUCUUCACAACGGACUUCACAUCGUCACAGAGCUCAUGACGAAGGGAAAUCUGGUGAAUUUUCUUCGCACACGAGGACGUUUUGCGAUCAGUGCGACGCAGCUGCUGCGCUUUUCACUGUAA